CUGUCACGCAUUCUUUAUACAAUUUUGUUGAUUUUUUUAAUCCUCCAACAAUAGGCUCUAUUCGGGUCAAAAUCAAAAUGGAAACCCCUCCACCUCUAGCAGAAAAGAUCCUCUCGAUCUCGGACCUCGAGAGAUCAGCCUCGAAGACCCUCCCCGCUGCAACGAAGGAUUUCUAUAACUCCGGGGCGACAGGUCAGGUCACCGUCCGGGAAAACUCAUCCGCAUUUCAAAAGUAUCGUCUUCUUCCACGUGUCCUCAAAGAUGUUUCGGGGAUCAACACAAAAAUAUCCCUUUUCGACAGAGAAAUCGAAUUCCCCCUCUCUGUGUCUCCUGCCGGAAUUCAAGCUAUGGCCCACCCCCAAGGUGAAUUAGCAACAAGCCGGGCAUGUGCCCGAAUGGGUGUCAACAUGGGAGUUUCAUCCUUUGCAAAUCACUCUGUGGAACAGAUUACCGCGGCCGGAACUGAAGUCGGUCCUAUCGAUCAUGUUAUGCAGCUUUACACAAUGACCGAUAGAGAUAAGCAAGUGCGCAUCAUUCGACGUGCUGAAGCCGCUGGCUGUAAGGCCAUCUUUCUUACGGCAGACAGUCCCGUGCUAGGGGUGAGGUAUAACGAAUGGAGAAAUGGAUUCCAACCCCCCGAUGGUAUCUCCUAUCCUAUGCUUGAAAGGUCUAGUGAAGAUAUCCGGAAGCAGUCACACGAUGAUGGCUUUUCCUCUUUGAACUCGGACUCUCAUUCUUGGGCCGAAGUCCCAUGGCUACGGAGCAUUACAAAGAUGCAGAUUUGGAUCAAAGGUGUCCUUACGCCUGAGGACGUCGAAACCGCUAUCGAGUAUGGUUGUGAUGGUGUCAUUAUCAGCAAUCAUGGAGGUCGUCAGUUGGAUGAGACUCCGGCGACUAUCGACGCACUACCCGCCUGCGCGAAGGCUGCCAGAGGUCGCAUUCGCAUUCAUAUUGACGGCGGAAUAAGGACCGGAAGUGACAUCUUCAAGGCACUUGCUUUGGGAGCAGAGUGUUGUUGGGUUGGCCGUCCUAUGCUUUGGGGAUUGGCAUACGACGGAGAAGCUGGGGUUCAACUCAUGCUUGAAAUCUUAAAGCAGGACUUCAAAAGAUGUAUGCAAUUGACGGGUUGUAAAUCAGUAUCAGAAAUUAGUACUGCAAGCCUUGGACUAGUCUGUACUAAUGGACCAUUGGCAAGGCUUUAAAGGAGCUAUUAUAGUAAUACCUAUAGAUAGGUAUUGAGUAGUAUCUUCUAGAUAGUUUUUGUUAGUAUAUUAAGGAUAGAGUAUUUGCUAAAAGUAGUAAAAACAAGUUGAACGGGCGAUUCCUGGGCGCUGGCCGCUGGGAGCUUCUAGUCCGGCGAUCGGAUGGUCCCUAUUGAGAGGGUUAGAAGAAUUGAAAUAAUGGGCUGGACUCCUUUUUAAAUUAUCUUGAUAUUCGAACGGGUUUCCCAUUCGAUUAAAUAAAACGAAUUAAUAUUAAUAAUUUUUUUAAGGGGAAAAAAAAAUAUUGGUAUUUAUAUAUGAAUUACUUGUAUAAGAGUUAUUAACGGCGGUG